GGUGGGGGCGGUGGGAGCGAUGAGGGAACUGAGACGGUGGUAGCCGUUGUGUGAAGAUGGAGUUUCCCGGAGGAAAUGACAAUUACCUGACGAUCACAGGGCCCUCGCACCCCUUCCUGUCAGGGGCUGAGACAUUCCAUACACCAAGCUUGGGAGAUGAGGAAUUUGAAAUCCCACCUAUCUCCUUGGAUUCUGAUCCCUCACUGGCUGUCUCAGAUGUGGUUGGCCACUUUGAUGACCUGGCAGACCCCUCCUCCUCUCAGGAUGGCAGCUUUUCAGCCCAAUAUGGGGUCCAGACAUUGGACAUGCCUGUGGGCAUGACCCAUGGCUUGAUGGAGCAGGGCGGGGGGCUCCUGAGUGGGGGCUUGACCAUGGACUUGGACCAUUCUAUAGGAACUCAGUAUAGUGCCAACCCACCUGUUACAAUUGAUGUACCAAUGACAGACAUGACAUCUGGCUUGAUGGGGCAUAGCCAGUUGACCACCAUUGAUCAGUCAGAACUGAGUUCUCAACUUGGUUUGAGCUUAGGGGGUGGCACCAUCCUGCCACCUGCCCAGUCACCUGAGGAUCGUCUUUCAACCACCCCUUCACCUACUAGUUCACUUCAUGAGGAUGGUGUUGAGGAUUUCCGGAGGCAACUUCCCAGCCAGAAGACAGUUGUGGUGGAAGCAGGAAAAAAGCAGAAGGCCCCAAAGAAGAGAAAAAAGAAAGAUCCUAAUGAACCUCAGAAGCCAGUUUCAGCAUAUGCUUUAUUCUUUCGUGAUACACAGGCUGCCAUUAAGGGACAGAAUCCCAAUGCCACUUUUGGAGAAGUUUCAAAAAUUGUGGCCUCCAUGUGGGAUAGUCUUGGAGAGGAGCAAAAACAGGUGUAUAAGAGGAAAACUGAAGCUGCCAAGAAAGAGUAUCUGAAGGCUCUGGCUGCAUAUAAAGACAAUCAAGAGUGUCAGGCCACUGUGGAAACAGUAGAAUUGGAUCCAGUGCCACCGUCACAGACUCCUUCUCCACCUCCUAUGGCUACUGUUGACCCAGCAUCUCCAGCACCAGCCUCAACAGAGCCCCCUGCCCUGUCCCCUUCCAUUGUUGUUAACUCCACUCUUUCCUCCUAUGUGGCAAACCAGGCAUCUUCUGGGGCUGGGGGUCAGCCCAAUAUCACCAAGUUGAUUAUUACCAAACAGAUGUUGCCCUCUUCUAUUACUAUGUCUCAAGGAGGGAUGGUUACUGUUAUCCCAGCCACAGUGGUGACCUCCCGGGGGAUCCAACUAGGCCAAACCAGUACAGCCACUAUCCAGCCCAGUCAACAAGCCCAAAUUGUCACUCGCUCAGUGUUGCAGGCAGCGGCAGCAGCUGCUGCUUCUAUGCAACUGCCUCCACCCCGACUACAACCCCCUCCACUGCAACAGAUGCCUCAGCCCCCCACUCAGCAGCAAGUGACCAUUCUGCAGCAGCCUCCCCCACUGCAGGCCAUGCAACAGCCUCCACCUCAGAAAGUUCGAAUCAAUUUACAGCAACAGCCACCUCCUCUGCAGAUCAAGAUUGUGCCUCCACCCACUCUGAAAAUGCAGACACCCUUAGUCCCACCAGCUGUGGAAAGUAGUCCUGAGCGGCCUGUGAACAACAGCCCCGAGGCCCACACAGUGGAGGAAACCUCUCCUGAGACCAUCUGUGAGAUGAUCACAGAUGUAGUUCCUGAGGUUGAGUCUCCUUCUCAAAUGGAUGUUGAAUUGGUGAGUGGGUCUCCCGUGACACUCUCACCCCAGCCUCGAUGUGUGAGAUCCGGUUGUGAGAACCCUCCUGUUGUGAGUAAGGACUGGGACAAUGAGUACUGCAGCAAUGAAUGUGUGGUGAAGCACUGCAGGGAUGUCUUCUUGGCCUGGGUGGCCUCUAGAAAUUCAAACACUGUGGUGUUUGUGAAGUAGUCCUUCCUGUUCUCCAAGCCAGUCAAGACUUAUCUGCUGGGAACAUGUCUAAGAGCCUCUUUUUAAAAAACAAGUUGGGCUUCUGGUAGUGCCUGAUCUCAACCCAUGAUGGUCCUUUGUGCUUCUCCCCUUUUCUGUCUCUUCAUCAGGGGCCAUACUAUGGAGCAAGGCCAUUGAGUUGGCUGUAAUCUGGAAUUGCUUUUUACUUUCAAGUACAAGCAGAGAUACCAGUGAUAAUAGCAGAGAAGGGUAAAGGGAAUAUGAACAAGCAGAACAUAGGGGUGGUGAUGGUGGGGGGUUGUUUGAGGAAACUCGGUAUAAUUGUCAUAGGACAUGCCUAAACAAUUAUUAAAAUGAUGGGAGAAUACUCAGCUUUGAGCCUAGGCUAAAACACUGUGUGCAUCCAUUUUAAAGGGGAUAAAAAGUUGCAUUAAAGGUUAUCUCUUAAACAGGAACGAUUGCUGUCACACCUAUACAUUGCUUGGAGAACAAAAGUUUUCAACAGAGCAGGCACCCUGGGCUGUAGGGAAAAUACUAUCACCUGGGAGUUUCUUAUUUAUUUCUCUUUACAAAUAAUGUUAUUUCUGUAAUCCUUGAUCCUCCCUCUUGCACUUACCACAGUUUAUGAGUGUAAAAGGCAGAAGUCUAUAUCCUUAAUAUAAGAGGUUUUACCAAAGUCUAAA